AUGGGCAAAAAGAACAAGAAAUCCACGGAGCACAAGGAGCGCAUAGCAGCAAAACAGUCCAAAAAGGCAGACAAGAAAGAGAAGAAGGGCAAGACAAAAGGCCGAGAUGCGGAUAGUGACGCCGAAGAUGCGGAUCUAGAUGCUAUCCUUGCACAAUAUGCAGAGGAACAAGCGCGCUUUCUCAAGGUCACCGAGGUCGUUUCAGAGCCACCGUCUCCUCGCUCGUCUGCGACUGUGCUUGCGUCUCCAUCGAACAGAAAUGAACUAUUGAUAUAUGGCGGAGAGUACUUUGAUGGAAUAUUGGCUACAUUCUUUAACAACCUGUUUGUUUAUCUUAUUGAUCGAGGAGAGUGGAGAGAGGUUACGAGUCCGAAUAGUCCAUUGCCGAGGAGUGGACAUGCCUGGUGCCGGGGAGGGAAUACCGGGGGUGUAUACUUGUUUGGAGGUGAAUUCUCAUCGCCGAAGCAAGGUACAUUUUACCACUACAAUGAUUUUUGGCACCUUGAUCCCUCCACAAGGGAGUGGACUCGCCUGGAGACUAAAGGGAAAGGCCCUCCUGCUCGGAGUGGGCACAGAAUGACUUAUUACAAGAAUUACAUUAUCCUUUUUGGUGGAUUCCAAGACACAUCACAGCAGACAAAGUACCUCCAGGACCUGUGGAUAUAUGAUUGCUCAAAGUAUACAUGGUUUAGCCCGACGCUAUCCACUGCCUCGCAGAAGCCUGACCCGCGGUCUUCCUUCUCAUUGCUCCCACAUGAAUCUGGGGCCGUUCUAUACGGUGGGUACUCCCGCGUCAAGGUUUCUACAGGAGUUGGAAAUAAACCGACCAAGGGAGGCGCCCAGCGUAUGACUAUGAAGCCCAUGGUGCACCAAGACACCUGGUUCCUUCGAAUUACGCCACCUGCACCUGAAGCGCCAGCAUCAACGCUCCCAACAGUCCGUUGGGAACGCCGCAAGAAACCUGCGAAUUCCCCCAAUCCGGCCAGGGCUGGUGCAACCAUGGCAUACCACAAAGGGCGAGGUAUUAUGUUUGGUGGUGUCCACGAUGUCGAAUUGAGCGAAGAGGGCAUUGACAGCGAAUUUUUCAAUACCCUUUUUGCUUGGAACACAGACAGAAACCGUUUCUUCCCUCUGGCGCUUCGGCGUUCAAAGACGGCGAACAAAAAGCAGUCAAACCAGGUCAAGUCGCGAGACAGAGCCAAAGCUGACGAAGAGGAACUGUUGCGGAACCUGAAAGCUCUAGAAGCUAAAAAGGGUAUAAUAGCCGACGACGAUGAUGCUGAAUUAUUGCAAAGCCAGUCUAGGGUGGACGACGAAGCCGUUGAACCAGAAAAACCGGCCGUUGUUCGCUUUGAAAUGCCUCACAUGCGAUUUAACGCCCAAUUAGCGGUUCAAGAAGAUACCCUCUUCAUCUUUAGCGGUACUUUUGAGAAGGGAGACCGCGAGUUCACAUUCAACGACAUGUAUUCCAUUGACUUGGUCAAAAUGGACGGGGUCAAGGAAAUUUUCUACAACGAGCCUGGUAAUUGGCAUCUACUCAACGAAGAAGAUAGUGAUGAGGAAAUGGAUGAAGAUGAGGAAGAAGAAGAAGACGAAGAGGAAGAUGAGGAGGUUGCCAUGUCGCUCGACACUGCCUCCCCAGCAACUACCGAGCUGACUGUACCUUCAGUAACCCAAGGGAUGGAACAGUUAGACGUGGAAGAGCAAGGAGCAGAGCCAUCUAUUCAGGAUAGCAGACCACUCCCUCGUCCAUUCGAGAGCUUACGGGAGUUCUUCAGUCGUACAUCUGAAGAAUGGCAGAAGAUCCUGCUUGACACCCUGAAAGAGAAGGGGGUAGCCCUGGAAAAGAACAUCAAGGAGCUCCGGAAAGACGCCUUUGACAUGGCGGAAGAGAAGUGGUGGGAUAGUAGAGAAGAAGUUAUGGCAUUGGAAGAUGAGCAGGAAGCGGCAGGGAUUGGCGAGGUUGUUAGCAUCGCUGACAGAGGUGAGAAUGCCGGUGGUGCUGGACGACGGAGAUGA